AUGGCGUAUAUAUGGCAUCUUGAGAAACAAAGGGAUCACAAAGAAGGUUAUUAUAUUGGAAAGGAAGUUUCUGAAGAUGAUCCUCAAUGGGAUGAGCCUUUCAAUGGCCCCAACCGUUGGCCUAGUCCUGAUGUUUUGCCCGGGUGGCGAGAGACCAUGGAGAAUUAUCACCAAGAAGCAUUGAAGGUUUGUAAGGCUAUUGCAAGAAUAUUGGCUGUGGCGCUAAACUUGGAUGCGGAUUACUUUGAUACGCCGGAGAUGCUUGGAAAGCCUAUUGCAAAUUUGCGCUUGCUUCACUAUGAAGGGAAGUCUGAUCCAUCAAAGGGAAUAUAUGCAUGUGGAGCACAUACUGAUUAUGGAAUGAUGACUCUAUUAGCAACGGAUAGUGUAAUGGGACUUCAGAUAUGCAGAGAUGAGACUAUGAAGCCUCAGAAGUGGGAAUAUGUACCAUCAAUUAAAGGAGCAUUUAUGGUGAAUCUUGGUGAUAUGAUGGAGCGUUGGAGCAAUGGCUUUUUCAAAUCCUUGCUGCAUCGAGUUCUUGGAAAUGGUCAGGAACGAUUUUCGAUUGCGUUCUUCGUAGAACCGAAUCAUGACUGUUUGGUGGAGUGCCUUCCUACUUGCAUGUCUGAAAACAAUCCUCCCAAAUAUCCAGUCAUCAAAUGUUCAACAUACCUCAGCCAACGCUAUAAGAAAACACAUGCAGAUUUGAGCAUCUACGAAAAACAGACCUAAGUGAAGCUUACCUUGUCAAUUUAAAGCUACAAAAUAAUGAUUUCAUUUUUAUUAUUUGGUUGUCUUUCCUCAUUGUUAUAAUUUCUCUUGAAUUUGGCUUGUUCGCCAGGGUUUGGAUGAACCUCUUCGAUUAAUA